GUAAUACCGACGUUCACGAGCUCCUCAGCUCUCAUUCUCUAGAAGAUGGCGGACUGCGUUUCGCUGUUAGAUGAGGAGCUCUCUUCCUUCGUCUUCAAUUACCUGACAGAAAACUCCGGGAGCCCGUAUGGGGAGGAAGAGGUGUGCUCAGAUCACCUGGACACCGAUUUCCCUGACUUCGACCUCUCUCAGCUGGACGCCAGUGACUUUGACUCAGUGAACUGCCUCAGCGAGCUCCACUGGUGCAAUGACCACUCAGACAGCUCCCCUGCCUCCAUACAGUACAGCGUUGGGGAUGCAGAGCUCUUCGAGACAGAAGAGGAUAAUGCAGCGCUGCUUGCCGCUCUCACAGACAGCCUGGAUGGCAUUGUGGAGGACGGCGUUGGGGAGCUAUCUGUGUUCCCCUCGCUGGGUGGAGACCCUGUGGAGGAAGAGGAGGAGGAGGAGGAAGACGAGCUCCUUUUGGAAAGUGAGCCUGUCCAAGGCUCGCUGAGCCCAGAGACAGAAGACCCGUCUCUACUGAAAAAGCUCCUGUUGUCCCCCCCAAAUGUGCCUGUGGGUCUGGACUUAAACAAAUUGAGCAGCGCCCUCAGUAAGACUCAGCAACUCAAGUCCGUUCGUCCCGUUCUGAAGAGGGACAGAACGUGCACAGUGGAGAGGAAGCCGCGAGCGUUCAGGCCUGUCAGUCAUCUCUGCACUGAGCUGCACCGCCACCUCACCCAGGAGGCCAACACUGAGGACACACCUGCAGCUGAUACUGAGGAGGAGGGGGAAGAAGAAGAGGAAGAUGAGGACAGUGACUCGGACGAUGAGGAGGGGGAGGAUGAGGAGGAAGAGGAGUCUUCAUCCAGCAGCGAGGUGGAGUGCACAGUGUAUGCUGAGCCGCUCCAGCCUCAGUUCCCCUCGGAGAAAGAGCGCCACUCUGUGGUGGAGCUGAUCCGCUACAUGCACACAUACUGUGUACCAUCACGCAAGCAGGCCAGCUGGGAUCGCAAGGAGCGUGAAAAUGUGGCACGCAAGACCAAGCCUGAGAACCCUGCAGUCCCCCGUAUUGCCACUCCCAGCUGUGUUAAACCUGCCACCCUGCCCAAUGCCCUCUACAACAGCAGCACAACAAGAACAACUAAACCCAAGAUUCCUUUUGUACGGCGCAGAGAAACUAAAGCGCACUCUCUGCUGAAGGAGCUGCUGGAGGCUGUCGCUUCCUUUGAUGUGAGCAAGCCUUACAGACUGCACAGCCCACCGUACAUCCACAGCAGGACCACUGCUGCCCGGCCCAAAGCUGAGCACAAAGACACAAGUGUCAUCGAAGGCUCUCAGGUGGCUGCCAAGCGGCCUAAAUGCCCUGAAAUAGACGAGGGCUCGUUUUCGGUGCGCCGCUCCCGCCGCUUAGCCUCCUUCCCGAGUCGAUUCGGAAAAAGGUUACGUCCAAGUGGACACUCCAACGAAGAGGAGAGCGCAGUCCGCCACCCUCCCGUGGAUUCUGCUGAAGACAGCAUUGAGAAAGCAGACUCACAGAAGAGCCCUGAAACCCUAAACCUCUGCUGUAAUGACGUCUGUUCUUUUUCUCUGAUUGCAGAGAAGCGUGCCUGCCUCUGCCUGCCGCUGACUCCUAAAUCCACAGGAGAUCCAAGAAGGCCGUAUGAGCAGACUCUCUGCGUGGAACUGUGCGGCACUGCAGGACUCACCCCACCCACAACGCCUCCCCACAAACCGGUCGAUGAGGAGCUCUUUAAGCCUGAGGGCAAAGCCGAUCUUCCCGGUAAGAGCUUGUGCCCAGUGCGGACACACCUGAGGAAACUUCCCGAGCAGACAGAGCUGUAUGCCCAACUGCGGCGCAUGGGCCCAACAGGCGAGAUCCAGAGCAAGGGUGCAUACAGAGACCAUGACUACUGCAUGCUAAACUUAGGGGAAAGCCACAAACGGAUUGCUAGCAUCCUCCCAGUAUCUGUUUGCUACACUAAGGAUCAGGAGGAAGAGGAGGACAAGAUGGGGGAGAAAAACAGGCAGGAGGAGACAGAGGGCCAACAGGCUGAUUUACACCCAGACUUCUCCCCACACCAACCUGCCGAGACAGGACAGCCCUCGCCUGCCUGCACACCCACUCCUGAGGCUGAUUCCGAGUGCCCAGACUCAUGCCAGCCACCCUCACCCUGCCAUCAGAUCAACCUCAGCUGUGAGAGCCACUGUGACAAGCAGAGCAAUAACACUACGCACGGGCAAGAGGAGGAUGGGGACAAGUGCCAAGUAUUGUACAUUCACAAUCUGCCGAGCAGCGUCACACAGGCUGUCCUGCGCAAACGCUUCAAAGCCUUUGGCGAACCAGAGGACUGCCGGGUGCUCGUCAAAAAAGAAGAGCGCUGUGGAGUCAUCACUUUCAGGCAGAAUCAAAAUGAGCUGAAUCAGAAGCACAGGCAGAAUGACUCUGUGGGUCAGUAUGCCGGAAUUGGCAGUCGGAGGUUCAGCAGGAAGCGGUACAUAGAUCUGGAUGAAGCAGGACCAGGCCCGGUGAAGAGCAAGUAUGACGCAAUGGACUUUGACACUUUGCUUAAGGAGGCUCAGAGGAGUCUACACCGCUGAUACGCCUUACUGAAAGCUCAGCGAUCGUCACUCCUGAGCCACCUCACAACCUCAGCCCAGACUCCACCUCAUGUUUACAUUUUUGAACAUUGAAAUCGUGAAACAAUUGGACCUUCUUAUUGAGGCCGGAGUGCUGCUGAGGCAUGAGGACGAAACAGAAAUGAAACAACAACAGAAAGAAGUGUGUGGACGACAAACACUAGUGGCCUCUGAGUGGCCCUGGCUUUCUGUAGCAAACCCUUGCUCUCUUCGUUUGGUCGUUGUGACGUCUGUACGUGUGUUGCUUUUUUGCUUAGGGUUUUUGUAACCUUUUGUCACUUUUUUCGGUGGAACUGCAACGUUCACCAUUUUGUCGUACAAGUAUAUAAAUGAUAAUUGCUUUAUAUUAGCAAAACUUUAUGGAUGUUCAACUGUGUGUUACAAUGACAAAAAGUCGGGGGGAAAACAAACGACAAAAAAAAAAUAACUCCUUACAAUGUAGAGUUUACAAAUCAAAAAGGAACGAAAAAAAAUAUUUGUCUUUUUUUUUUUUUUUUUUUUUUUUUGGUCAUUUUAGUGCUUCCUUAUUU